GCUUGUCCUGGGCACUUAGUUCGUCACAAUCUGGGAACAUGCCGCCGUUGCCCUAACUUGUGGAGGAUUUUAUUGUAGGGCGAAAUCUCGAUUGUCGCCACCCCUCUCGUCAUACUACGGGGCUUCCUCACCUCAGUAUCUUUCCUCGUGGCUUGUCACCCACGCUGCGCCGCGAGCAAUCGAGAAAUCAAAGUCCCUGAUCCAAGAAGUCCCCGAUCUCGCUCGCACCUCGCGCUUUCUCCCCCCGGCCCGCCUCGCUGCGCACGCCUCCGCUCCCUCGAAACGUUUCUUCUCAGGCGCUCCGCCCUCGAUUGAUUUUUUCACCUGCGCUGAUAAUUCCUGAUUCUCCUUAUUAAUUCCUCCGAGCCAGAAUGAUUCUCUUAGGAAAGCGCCUCUACCACUUCCUCCCCCCUGACCCCGAAAACGGCAUUCCUUCCGCCACUCGCGGCGAUGACGAUGGUGCCUCACUGCCAUGGCAGCUUUUCCCCGAAGCGUCCCCGGUCGCCCGCAAGCCCGCCUCCCGCUAUACUGAACGUGCGUGUUCCAAGUGCGCCUCUCAACUCACGUCCGCAUCCACAUCAGCACCCACAUCUGCAUCCACGUCUACAUCCACGUCUACAUCCACGUCUGCAUCCACGUCAGCAUCCACGACUGCACCCACGUCCCCCAUCGCGUACAAUCGAGAGUCGCUUUCCCCCACCUCGCGGUUCCCCACGUCUCCGCCAUCCCCCUCGCCUCGCGCUAUCCCCUCCGCCGCUCUCCCCGCCUCCACCAGCCUCCCACCUCCGCUCCUCCCCGCCAGCCCGCGCGGUGACUCCCCCUUCCCCGCCUCGCGCCACCUCUCUCUUCCCGCCGUGCGCAUCUCCCGCUCCCCACCUCCGCCCUCGAGGCAGCCGUUUGACCCUGAUUUCCGCUGCUCUUGCGCGAUGGGGUGUUACCCGAGGGUUAAUAGCGACAGCAGCGGCAGUGAGGAGGGAGGAGGGGAGGAGGGAAUAAGCGAGAACGGCGAUGGCAGUAGCUGCAGCGUCUGCUCCGAUACUUGCGGCGGAGGCGGCGGCGGCGGUCACGGCGACGAGAGUGAGCCGUGCAGCCCCCUGCCCGUGUCUUACGGCGGGUGUGGCUCGUUACGCGCUGACGACAGCGACGGCGACGAUCUCGAGGACUGCGACGUUCUGAGUCGUUCAGGCGACGGCGUGAAGGGGGAUGACGAAGCGACGGGAGAAGCAGCCAUGGAUGGCGGUGAUAACGGCUUGUCUCUGGCCGCAAUUUCCAGGGACAGCAGCCAUGGCAGCGGAGCGGGUUAUGGCAAGAGUGGCGGCGAUGGUGGAGAUACGUCAGCACCUACCAGCGAGUCAGGCGCUACUAGCGAGUCAGGCGACCUGUGUUACUCUUCAUCUCGUGGUCACAGUCGCGGUCCUGAUGAUGAUCGUCCAAGCGCCACGCCUAUCACCACCGCUGCCGCCGCAGCAGCCACAGCCGCUUCUGCCGCCGCUGCCGCUGCUGAUCCAAGUGCAGAUCCUACAAGGAUACCAGGGAAAGAGCAAGGAGCGACUUUGCAAAUGGGUGCAG